CGUGCAACACAACACUGCGACUCUUCAUAUUUUCUUCUCUCUCUCUCUCUCUGACUCUCACACUCUCUCUCUCUCCAGCAACACAGUGACCGAGAGCUUGAGAGAGAAAACAAAAAUGGGGUUCUUCUCCUUCAUGGGUCGUGUUCUCUUUGCUUCCCUCUUCAUCCUCUCCGCAUGGCAGAUGUUUAAUGAAUUUGAUGCCACUGGUGGACCCUUUUCAAAGGAGUUGAUUCCCAAGCUCACGGUUGUAAGGAAAAAUUUAUCCUCCAAAUUGGGGGUAGCGAUACCAGAUUUUAACGCAACUUAUGUUCGUCAAUUCGUUGCCACUAUCAUAUUUCUCAAGGGAGUUGGAGGAAUUCUGUUUGUGUUUGGCAGCACAUUUGGAUCCUUUCUCUUGCUUUCACAUUUGGCGCUUACUACCCCUAUUCUGUAUGAUUUCUACAACUAUAGACCUACUAAGCCCGAAUACGGUUUGUUGCUAAAUGAGUUCAUUCAGAACGCAGCACUUUUUGGUGCACUGCUAUUUUUCAUAGGGAUGAAGAACUCAAUUCCCAGAAAACAGUUGAGGAAGAAAACCCCAAAAGCAAAAGCAGUCUAGAAAUUAGAAAGAUGUGUCUGUUUACUAAGAACAGGUUGUCAAAUUGUUGUGUUGCUAUGUUUUGGAAUAGUUGUUUUUGUUAAUUGGCACAAUUUGAUUAUGGAUUGGUUGUGCUUGAGCUUUCGUUUACAAUUCUGUUGUACUUGCGGCUAAGAAUAGUUAUCAACAAAAGAUUUGAUUAGAUUUGUUUGCUAACCGUGCAAUGUUAAAUCCAGUUCGAUUUGUUUUA